GCAGAAAGCAAUUCCGCACAGUUCUAGCCUUUGACGACGAUCAUGGCACUGAGUUUUAUAGGAAAACCGAUUUCUCUCAUAUCUCAUUCCGAUGUACGGUAUCGAGGAAUACUGGCGGGCAUUGACCCUGCUGCUUCCACGAUCCAACUCUCAAAUGUGUUUUCUAUGGGUACAGAGUCUAGAAGGCCACCCUCAGAAUUCAUUCCUCCCGUCCAAGAACCAUACCAAUACAUAAUUUUCCGCGCGUCUGAGGUCAAAGAUCUUGCAGUUGAUGAACCAACUCCCCUUCGUAGUGUUCAUGACGAUCCUGCAGUGUUGGGGGCGUCUGCUCCUGGAACCCAACCCCAGUACGGUGCAUACGGUCCCCAAUACCAGCAGCCUGUAGCGGCCCAGCCGCCACCGCCACAAGCUCAGGCUCCCGCUUAUCCUCAGCCUGUGCCAGUACAAGAUGCGCCAGCUCCUCCGAUGGUCCCCGUUGUACAAACGAAUGACACACCAGGUCCUAGCACUGGCCCGAGCCGUGUCAGUUCGGUGCACACUGCCGCUGCUUCAAUGGAAACAGUUCAACGCGCUUUGGGAGACUUACGUGGAUCCGGCAAUGCCGCGCCCACGCAUGGAGGUCGUGGCGGCCGGCGUGGUCAUCACGUCCAUGGUGGAGAGACAAAAGAUAUUAAGGUGCCUUCAACGGAUUUCGAUUUCCAGAGCUCGAAUGCUCGGUUCGACAAGACGGCAGUUGCACCAAAGAAGAAGGAUGGCGACAAUGAGAAUAGUGUUCCCUCCGACCGUGACUCGCCGACGGACACCAAGGAUGACAAAGACGAUGUGGCUUAUAACCCAACGAAAUCAUUUUUCGAUUCUUUAUCGUCUUCAACGCAGGCUGCUCCGCCACCAACACGAGGCACCGGUGGACGGCGAGGUGGUGGAGGCAGAAAUCGUAGGGAGGAAGAAAGGGAGCGUAACGUCGCUACAUUUGGUGAGCCUGGGGGUGUAGGACUGAUGGGCCCAGGCGCAUACGUUGGAGGUUGGGGUGGAUAUGGACGACGAGGAGGACGUCCAAGGGGACGUGGUGCGCCUCCCGUCGGGGGCCGUUAGGUACCCAUAAUUCUUACUUGCACCAGUUGUUCGUUCAUCUUUGCUGUUUCAGGCUAGUAAUCAUUUAUCACCCAGUAGUACGGAGUCCAUGCUUCAUUCGUGUCGGCGGCUAUGUUCCCUCUAAAGAGAUUGCAUGUGCUUUUCGCUGACACGUCAUGCAACAUAUAUUUCGUUGCAGAAUGGGGGCUUCCAAUAUUUUCUUGUCCCAAUCUCAACUUGCUGUCAAACAAAUAUUACGGUGUUAACGAUGCGGGACCUUGCACGCGACAGAUUGUCAGGAACCGUAGUAAAAUGAGUGAACCUCUAACUAGCCCAGGCCUUAGAGUCGACUACAGCUGCGUUGCUAAUGUUCAAUCACACUACUAUUACAAUGGUGCUGAG